GCCCGUGCACACGCCCUCCUAAUCACUGAAGGCCUCAGCUGCACAGUGGAAUAAACAUGCCAGGUCGCAUCGACCUGCACCUUUUGAACCUGGAACCGAAGGCUCGUCAAGGAGUGCAGUAUGACCACGUAUAAUACGCGAUUAGACGGUGCAUGAUGGGGUCAACUGGCAACGAGACGAUCAAGGCCAUUCAGAAGACCCUCGAACCUUACAUACGGCCGCGGGAAGAGGUUACGCGAAUCAGGCAGGUUCUGGCAGCUCAUCUCGAUUCAUGCCUCGAAGGUGCAAGUGCCGUAGCUCCCUUGGCUCUUGUUGAUGUCGACGGGCCUAGCUCAUCACGCAGCACAGCUCGAGGUCUUCAGCGGGAAUACCUUGAGGCAUUGGCCGCCAACAUCAGGGCUCGUAGCGAGUUUACUGUAUGCUGCCGCGAGCAGAAGGCGUUGUCUAGCGAGACAUCCACGGCCACUGACGAUAACGGGGGGAAAUGCGUGGAGGGUCACCUUGCCGCCAUCCGGCUUCAAAAGAAGCACGAGAGGCUGGAGGCAGUCGAAAAGACCCUUAAUCUGCUGAAGCAGAAACCAGCUGCGUCGCCUGGAUUCCUGGAUCCUGACGAGGUCUUUAGGGAUUUGCGCUCGCUUCCAGACGUGCCAAAGGAGUUGGCCACUGCCCUGGCCUUCGACAAAACAAGCCCUGACCCUCGGCUCAAGGACCUAAUUGACAAGUUGGAGAUACACGUCCUCCAGGCGAACAUGCUUCUUCGACGCGAGGAGCAGUUCUUGGAGAAGGUCAAGUCGCGAUUCACCGCCAGGCCCGAGAGUAUAGACGAAACUACCAAGUUUGAGGCGCUGAAUAGGACCAGGGCCGAGCUCAUCAACUGGAUGGAGGCCGAACUCAGCAAAGCAUCCGGGGAUGAUGCUAAUAGCGAAGGACAAGAUAUCCAGACGCACCGGGCCCCCGGCGAUCCUGUUCACCUAGAGGAACAGCUCGCCAGCAUUAGGGAGAAGUACACGCAGUAUCUCGAAGCUCGAAAAGCUCUUCUUCAGUUUGCAGGUCAGCAGGCAAAGCCGGAUAUUAAACCCCCUACCAAGGACAAGCAGCGGUCUGCCGUUCCGGCGCCAAAACCACGUCCCGUGUCACACCUCCUCUCUCCGUACCUCGAACAGCUACUCUCCGUUGCACGAGAACAAAAGGGGCUCAUCACCGAAAAGGCCUACAUCAACGCGGCCAUCGCCAAGCAGACGAAAGAAAACAGCAAAGUUAUCGACCACUUGGCCGAGGAGAGCCAGCUGAUACCGGCUCACCCAAUGCCAGGGGCGUCACGGCGCAGCUCGCCACUCAUGGAUGGGCUUGAGGUUGCCGAAUGUGCCGACCCUUAUAGCGCAGUCAGGCCCUGGGUGUUCGCUGCAGACUCUGCAAAGAUUUCUACCUUGGAAACCGUGGCUGAGAAUAUUGAGGAAGGACAGAUUGCCCUCGAGGGGUCGAUGCACACACUCGCUAAGCUUGACCAACUGCUGGGACGGCGCACGAACAGCCAAAAAGACAGCGAUGACGGGGUUGGCACCACGGGGGAUGACAUUUGGCUGGCCGAAGACAAGCCUUCCGAAAAGAGGCCUGGCACGAGGAAGCAUACCAGUCGAAAUCCAGAAACAUCAGACCAGCCAUGGUCUGUAUUGAAAGGAAACCUCGGGCUCCUUCGAGCUGACAAACAACCUCCGUAAGCACGAUCAGUACUGUACCGCCAACUCAAUCAUAUAUUCCCUAGCCGCCCCUGAACGCCGAGAGCAUACCCGUGACC